GAGGGUGAGGCAAGGGAUGGGCUCCACAUGAACCUGGGAUCCUCCAUAAAAGGUGCCUAUUCAAUACCGAAUGGUGUCAUCGCGUGCUGGGGAUUGCUACGAGAGGACAGUAAGUUUGCAGACAGUCAACAUCACAUGAUAUUUAAUUUGUAUGACGUUGGUUUGUGAAUCGAAUCGUUUCCUUGUGGAUAUUUGCCACGAAUUUUCUCUGAAAUAAACUCAACAUGUGGUACUGGGUAUGUUCAUAUUUUAUAUCAUUACUAUUCAUUUGUUACAACAAUUUUUGUGCGCAAGCGUGCAAAUAUUUACUAUGAGCAAUUGUUGUGUGCGACUUACCUCUUAUGAAGUCUUAAGUAAAAUACAUUAAGUUUAUUUUUUUUCAAAAUACAGUGUGUAGUUUUGGGUCGAGGGCUGUGACUUGUUUCAAAGAUGAACCCCUAAUCUGGGCAGAGGGGGGGGAGGGGGUUCAAUUCUUUGUUACGCAAAAUCUAGAGGCGUUAUCUCAUCGUAACAUAAAUUUUCUGAUUUGAGUGUCUGACUGCAAGCACUUAUCCCUUUGCUGUAACACAAGCUAACUAGGAGACAACAACAGAUAGAGGCCCUACAUGAAGCUAACUUAGAAACAAAGAUAGUUGUGCAAGUAGCUAAAUUAGAAUCAAAAAUAGUUGUACAAGUAGCUAACUCAGAAACGAUAGUUCUAAAACUAACUAACCCAGACACAGCAAUAGUUGUGUAAAAAGCGCUAACUUAUUUAAACCUGUGCUAUUCGCCUGUCUCAUAAUAUAUGGUGGCGAUAUCAAAGGGGGACCCUUAAAUAAUUACGGUUAUUGGAGUAAUGAAAACAGUUUAAUCAAAAGAAUGUGUCCAUCAAACAGGUGUACCUGGUGGCUGUGUUAGCGCUGGUGUCCGAGUCUAUGGCCGGCUACUACAGCAGCCGCGAGAGAUUCGACAACUACUUCAGGGACAGGGGCGGAAACAAAGGGAGAGGCGGUUACAACGGACGGUACGGUUCCAACCGCCGAGGGGGCUACGAUCGGGACGGCUACGACACGAAGAAUAAUGACAAUGAUCACGGCGACAACAAUCAGGGCGGUAAGAGCGGCGGCAGCGCCCAGGCCAACGUGGCCGACCUGCUGACCAAGAUGGACAAACUGCAAAACACCGUCCGGGGCCUGCUCAAGCAAACGGCCGCGCUUCACGAUGUGGUGGAGGAAAGGUGAGAAGACUGAUGGCUGAGUUAACGGUGGUGUCACGAUGGGCGAGCCGACCGGUUUGUUGUCGUGAUAGGCGAGCCGACCGGUUUGUUGUCAUGAUAGGCGAGCCGACCGGUUUGUUGUCAUGAUAGGUGAACCGACCGGUUUGUUGUCAAGUUAGGUGAGUUGACCGGUUUGUUGUCAUGAUAGGCGAGCCGACCGGUUUGUUGUCAUGAUAGGCGAGCCGACCGGUUUGUUGUCAGGAUAGGCGAGACGACCGGUUUGUUGUCAUGAUAGGCGAGCCGAAAGGUUUGUUGUCAUGAUAGGCGAGCCGACCGGUUUGUUGUCAUGAUAGGCGAGCCGACCGGUUUGGUGUCAGGAUAGGCGAGCCGACCGACAAUGAGUCAACCUCGUUAUUUAAGGGGGAUGAUUAUUGAUAAAAUAGUAAAUUGUAUAUACGCUUGUGGUUAAAACAAUGUUGCAGUGGCGUAGGGUGGGGGUAUGGAAAGGGGGGCGGUCAACUCCAGGGUGGCACUUUUUUUAUAUGAAGGGACAGCAUUUUCGGGAAAAAAAUUCAGAAAAUUAUUCUUGAAACGCGGUGAUGAAAUUCUCGGCCGGCCAAAGGCGGCACUAACCUUAUAGGAGCGACGCCACUGCGAUAUUGGGUAAGAUGUACUGAAGCUUAACUAAACAAAAAAUUGGAUUUCGGUGAAUGCAGUAAAGUGAAUUGUCGUGCGAAUAUAUGUACGGAGAUAGAAAAAAAAAUGUAAAUUCAUAUUUGAUUUCAUAAUACAUGUCAAAAUUUAGCUAAGAUCACUUUGAUAAGAUUUUAUAUACCGGGUGAUACUAGCUAUAGCCAGCCAAACAAUUGUGGCGCAAUGCGUGAACUUCCCUUCUACUCAAGUUACUUGACAAACAUGCAUUCAAGUCAGAGGCGUAGCUAAGACGGGGAGCAGGGGAGGACAGAUGUCCCUGGGCGCCAGACGAGUUAGGGGCGCCAAAAUGUGCUUUGAUAUUAUUUUAUUCAAGAAACUAAUGGGUUCGAGGGUUGAGAAAAGAAUGGGAGGCCCUUUAAAAUGAAUCUUGACCCCUUUGCGCCAAACACUCUAUCUGAUUCAAGUAACACUUUAUAGGAUGCCCAAUUAGGGCUACCCUUUACCCACGUGCACCACAUCCCUUGAACUAUAUUCAUAUUCUAAUUUCCCACCCCACCUCCCCUUUUUACACCACAUAUGUAUUACACCAACUAUUUCUGUAAAAACAAAAAGAAAAUGUUUCGCACCAAACGCACUUGCGAUAUUUUUAAGAAUCGUAUUUAGCGCAGUUAUCGGGAAUUUUAUUUAGUAAAAUCAGCGCCUAUCUGGUGGCGUUAGGGACAUAGUUACAUAAAGGAUAUUGACUUUUAUGUAGUGAGUGAAUGACAUGCAAAAAAAUAACCAAAAAGUUCUUUAUUAUACGCUACAAAAAUGUGUAGCUCACAAGAUCCUUCUCGCUUUUCUUCUUAAAUAUCUCUUUCUAUGUCAAAUAAAAUCAUUUUAAUAAAAAAUAAAAACAUCUUUUUUUCCUUCUUCUUCUCCGUCCAUUGAAAUAAACUUUUUUCAACUGCAUACGUCACUUUCCCCAGGAUCCGAGGUGAAGGCCAGUCAGGACUCAAGCAGGUCCGUCACGACACCGAGGGGACCAAGAACUAUCAUGGGUCCAGCCACAUCGACACCGGCAUCGGCGGUGUACACGACCAUAGCGACUACAUCAGGUUAUUGGGGAUGGGUGAGGUAAACUUGGCGUCGGAGAUACUUACUUAGACACUCAUUUUUUACACAUGAAACAAAUAGACAACCAAAGGUUUUUAAAAAAUAGUAAUAAGAGAGAGGGACUGCAAUCAGGUUAGAACUUUUUACUAUCAGUGCUAUCGUGUCCUGCACUAACACACCAAACAGGGUGAAUUCGGAAAACAAGUUGAUCCAGGCGUAUGUACCUUGACACCACAUGACAUGAAUGUCAUGUUCUCUUUCACGUUUGAAAUCUUUCUCCGCGUUACGACCCACCGCAGCGGACUUACUUUUCCUCUUUUCUGUCCCCUUUUGCCUGUUUUUAAUACCUCACCUAUAUUCAGUUCUGUCACAUCUCGCUUGCUGUCCUCUUGUUAACUACAUUUCUUCUAAUUGUUAUUUUUUAAAUUUAAAUCGGUUUUAACUGUUGUUUGUUGGCCGAUGAAGGCUUCUUGCCGACACGUUCGUUGUUUUGUUGCGUUCUUUUUUUUUCAGGUGUUCUCAUACUUCGUUUCGCUCAUUUACUUUAAAAAAUUAGAAUGAAAAACUGUUGUUUUUUUAGCUCCAGACUCUGCUAAGGUUGCAGAAACCUCUGCUACCGGGCAGAUUAGGGGCGUCUUAAAUCAACUCUUAACUGUAAGAUGGUGUGAUGCGUGAUGUAUCUGCAUGUGUGUCUCCAGGUCCAGUAUGUCAUGAACGGAGUGGACUUCCGAACGCGUCACAACGACUACCGUCUGGUCCGCCCGUCCACCACCAGUAGAGAUUUCAAGGAGGUGGAAGACAUCCAGUUCCCUGCUGUGCCACCGGAAGUCAGCAGUAAGGCCACGCCAGAGGUUAGUAUUUGGGAUUUAUACAUUUACAAUAGGAUCGAUAGAAAUAUAUAGAGAGACAAAACCAGGCAAAACUAGGCAGAAUAUAAAAAAUGGGUCAUACUAGUCAAAAUUAGACAGAAUAGAUCGAACCGAACACAACAGACGAGUCUAGUCACAAUAGGAAAAAAUAGACAGAAUAUACACAAUGGGGUAUACUAGACAAAAUUAGGCAGAAUAGAUCAAACCGGACACCACAGACAAAUCUAAUCACAAUAGAAACAACUAGAGACAAGAGUCAAAAUAAAAUCCAGAAGAUAAAACUCGACAGAAUAGAUUAAAGUAGACACAAUAGUGAUCAUCCGACACAGUAGACAAUGUAAAUUUGCAUCGAUUUCCUCCCAUCCCAUUUGUUAACACACACGUACUCUAAAUUACCUGCACACAGGAACAAAUUGAGGAGAUGAAGAUUUGGUUCGAAGCCUUCAAAACACAGAACACGUCCUUGAGGAACUACACCGAGUACUUCAAGCCGGUCAUCUCCUACAUGGAAGGAAUGUGGACCACAGGUGAUAGCAUCGUGUGAUAUCGACUAUCUAUUUUGUAACAAAUUAAACUUUAACUUUGAUUUAGUUGCUAAAUUACCAACCAGUAGAACGAAAUGACGAUUAAUUAAAGCUAUUUCAAAAAGCUGUAAAAAUCAAGUUGUUUUAAUAAUGGCCAUGGCUCUCAUAUGUUUGUUGAAUUGGUUUUCUUAAAAAUAUUGAUUACUAGUCAACAUACCCAGCGUUUCUCGGAAUUGCAUUCAGAAAAAAACCCACCAAAAAUACCUUCUCCAGAUAUACCAACUAAAAGUAAAGUUAAUGUCCCUCUAAAAAAACGUCACUAAGGACCUAAUCAAAAUGUUUGAAGUCUCCUAUAAAAAAUUAAUAUUUAUAACUUUUGUAAAUACUUUUUGGGCCCAACUCAUUUCACUUAAUAUUCAAGCUUGGCCUUGUCAAAACCGUGAUUUAAAGAAUAAUCUAGCUGAGCCUGGUCAAAAACUACGACUUAAAGACUAAUCUGGCUGAGCCUGGUCAAAACCAUGAUUUAAAGACGUAUCUAACUUUUAAAAAGUGUCCCAUUCAAAAAUUAUUCACGAAUGUCAAGGAGAUGGUGGCUUAUCUUUUAAAAUAAAAUAGGAUCUAAAGGGGACCCACCUGCACGGUGGGAUCCCAUUACAAGAUCGGGUCCAAUUCCCAAAGAGAUUCACUCAAAGGUGAGAUUCUGUUCCCCUAGGGGAUCCCACUCCAUGGGGUACACUAAAGUUAUCCCUAAGAUAAGGGGGCUAACUUUGGAUAUUACCAUUUUUCAUUUGCGCUAAAAGAGUGAUCCCGGUUGGGUGCUAUUUUAGUUAUGCCUAACACAGGGGGCUUUACAAAAAUUAUUCAGAUAAUGAAUUUAAGAUUUGUUUAACUGAAGGAGAAUUUGUCUUCUAAAUCAUCGCACUUUCUUGAAACCUCUAAAUUGGCCCAGAACUUUUAAAUCCACUGAUAUUUCAAUGUGAACUAUGAAGUGUAUAUUUCUAAUGAGCGUUCAUUUAUAUUAUAUGGAUCAACUCUCGUAGAAAGCCCAUUUAAUUAACUAAACCGACUGUUAUUUGUUUAAGGAAACAUGAAAAUUCGGCCCCAGCCCUGCAGUAGUACAUGUUAUGAGUUCAGUACCAACCAGUAUUUCAAUCUGGAUAAUCACCUGUAUGUUCGCUAAGUGUCGUCUAGCUCCAUCCACCCUUCCUUUCACCCAGCCACCCAUCGAUACAACAGCUAUGUUUGGAAUUAUAUUAAUAAAGUUCAAAUGAGCAGAAGAAAAAACUAAUUGAGGUCCCCCAUCCGCAAACGGAUUAUUUUGUAAAACUCAAAGCUCCCAGUAUUUCAUUCUGGGCCCUGGGCCCUGCAAUCCCCCUUGCCGCAAAGGGCAUCCGACCAUUACUAAGGGCCGCAAAGUUGUGAUGAAAAAUUAAUCUUACCAUUUCAGCAAGGGGUGGCUUAAAACCGAAUAUUGAAGGCAAAAGCUUCCAGCGGCUAAUUGGUCCAUUUCCCGUCAACCUAUCGAGUCGAAACUCGGCACAUAGACUCGUUGCCGAUGACACCACAUUCUAUCAAAUUUUAAGUCCAACCCAAAAUCCCCAAAAGAGUUUUUCCUGUUUUUCAAGAGGAAGAUGAAGGAUGAUGACACUGAUUUCACGAAAUAAAAUUCGCUAUAACUUCAAUAGCUGCACUAAAAAAAAAUAUUGCUAGUUUUUGGUGCGAAAUAUUUUCUUUUGGUUUUCUGAUAUAGUUGGUGAAAUAAAUAUGUUGUGUAAAAGCGGAUGAGAAAUUAGAAUAUUAAUAUGAAUUUGAAAAAAAAUUAUUGUAAAAUGCUUGAACAGGAUUUAUAGACGAAAAUCUUUGUUUUUAGGGUUUGCUUAAUGUGUGUCCUUAUACAGGGCUUUGUUUCUCAUUUCACAGAUGACGACUCCAUCAUCUCAGAGUCUUUUCGCAGUGACAGGCACCACUUGGACGCCAUCAGCUGGGACAACCUGCUAGGCAAGGUGAGGGACACAUUUUAAUGUACUAUUCCAUCUUCGUGACGUCGUCGUGUUGUGUGACGUAUGCCAUCUUCCAGGGUCACGUGUUCAUGCGUCUUUUCGGUAACCAGUCCAUCGUGUUUCUGUAUUAAACUGUAUUUUUCACAGCUGAGUUAAAUUAAAUAAAUAUAUAUGUGUAAUUAAUAACAAUAGAGACCUUAAAAACAGCCAUUGGUUGUUCGUCAGAAUAUUAGCUAAUUUAUAAGUAUGCCUCACUUUAUUUUUUUUUAUUGGAAAAAAGGACAAAGGCAAUUUGUGUAGCUAUACUGACUUAGGCUUUAAUUAAAAGACUAAAUAAAAUUUCAAUACCUUCCGGGUAGUGACUUCAUCAGUUCAAGAAAGAAACCAAAUUUUACCGUCUGUGUGUAUAUAUAUAUAUAUAUAUAAGUAUAUAAAUAUAUCACAUGAGUGUGUUGUAUUUAUUUAUACGUACAUAUUUUUAAAAGAUGUAUUGGAUCAAACCAGUUUCAUUUCUAAAUUACGCUUAGCUUUUUGUAAGAUGCAAUUAUUUUAAAGAUGCGCCAUCUGCCACACAUGUAAAAUUCACUGCACAGACAAUGUUAAACACAAACAUAGAAACUUGUCGCCCAAAUUAAAUACUAUAAUACCUAUGGAUAUCAAAAUGUACUCUGUUGUUCGUUUACUCUCAGGCCCGCUACAUGUCGUACACGGGAGCAAAAGACAACUUUGAGAACGUCGGGUUCUUGCCCCGUAGGCUGAUGUACGUGGACAAUUGCACUGGGGAGCCUGUCUACGGACAGUGGAACUACAGAAUCGUUUGCUACCCGAUUGAUUUCGAUAUACCUCUCAAAUAUUUGAAACAGGUUUGUAGAGAAAAAGUCCAAGAAUGGUGCGUUUAUUUUAAUAUUUAACAGAAGACAUUGUUUGUGGAACAGAAGAAAUAGGGUGUGGAACAGAAGAAAUAGGUUGUGGAACAGGAGAAAUAGGUUGUGGAACAGGAGAAAUAGGUUGUGGAACAGAAGAAAUAGGUUGUGGAAAAGAAGAAAUAGGUUGUGGAACAGAAGAAAUAGGUUGUGGAACAGAAGAAAUAGUUUGUUGAACAGAAGAAAUAGGUUGUGGAACAGAAGAAAUAGAUUGUGGAACAGAAGAAAUAGGUUGUUGAACAGAAGAAAUAGGUUGUGGAACAUAAGAAAUAGUUUGUGGAACAAAAGAAAUAGAUUGUGGAACAGAAGAAAUAGAUUGUGGAACAGAAGAAAUAUAUUGUGGAACAUAAGAAAAAGUUUGUUAAACAGAAGAUGUAAAAGUGGGGAGGGGGGCCACUUGACGCGCUCCGGGAUGGGGGUGGAGAUGUUUUGCAAUUAGUCUCCUGAGAUAAUUUUAUGACCCCCCAUAUGUCCAGCUGACUUAGUUCAUAGUUGAGAUAUUUUUAAUGACCAUAAAAUAUGUCAUAACCUAUUUUGUAUGCGUCAACAGAGAGAGGAUUUCUUGUGGAGGUACCCUAGAAAUUUAAGCAAAGAGGAAGUCCUUCUCACCCGGGCAGCAAGGUUUACACUCAACGAUAAAGACAGCGAUCAGAUGUACUUUCUUUUUUUCCUCAAUAUUUAAAGUUCUUAGCACAUAUCAAUUUUCAUAUCCAUUUUCAUAUCAAUUUUCACAUCCAUUCUCAUAUCAAUUUUCAACGUAUUAUUUCAAUUUAUCAUACCAAUUUUCAAAAUAUUUUAUUGAAUUGCUAUAUCAAUCUUCAACUUGUUUAUCAAUCAAUAUGAUCAAUGUUGAACUUAUUAUACUAAUCUAUCAAUCAAUUUUCAACUUACAUAUCGAUUUAUCAUAACAAUUUAUUGUACCGGUACCAAUUUUUAACUUACGGUAUCAGUCUAUCAUAUUAGUAUUCAACUUUUUAUGUCAUAUCAAAUCAAAGUAUAAAGUAACUUUAUUAUGUAUGUAAGUUUAAAUCACAAUAAAUAUUUAUAUAUAUAUAUACAAUAUAUAUAUAUAUAUAUAUAAGUUUGACAAUUUGCAAGUUUGUCUUUUAAAUUUAGUUUCACGGAGACCACGCUACUGGACAAGUUAUUUCAGAAUAUACCUGGGCUUGACAAUAUCCCUGACCCGAAUUUGAUGGAAGCCUGGAACGCCCCUCUGGGAAAUCCCCUGGAUGCCAACCAAACCCUUAAACAAGGCUUCUACCAUCACAGCUAUCUGAUGGCUGAGCCUGGGGCCAUGGGUGCUACGGUAGGGUGAAUCAAUUUUUUUUAACUGUAAUGACUUAUGAAAAAAGUUGGAUAGGCCGUAAGACUGUGAAUCAAUGCGGGAAAGUCAGUCUCAAUUUAUUUUUAAUGUACCUUUUUUACAACUUUAGGUAUUACUUUAAAAUAAAAAAUCUUUCUCAAUCAAGUCGUCACCAUCUUAAAUCCUGCACCACAGCCAUCAUCAUCUUAAAUCCUGCACCACAGCCAUGUGCUUUUGUUAAGGAAUAUACGACUCGGCUACUGUUACGAAAUGGCUGUCAGCUUCAUAUGGUCUCUAACCCGUAAUACUCUCCAGAAGUGAUAAUAAUAAUAAUAAGAGGUCUUAUAUAGCGCGGUACCCCAGCAUAGGACUGGGCUCACCACGCUGUACAUAAAAUUUGUAUCAAAAGAGACAUUAAAAUAAAAUACAUUUAUGAAAUAAAGAACAGCAAUGUAUAUUCACCCACCCCACCACAUAACUUUUACAAGGCAAACCAUGGAUGGCAGCCAGCAAGAUCAUUUAUCGGUCAGAGGAGGGGAAUCAAUCAGGGUAGUAUAAUUUUUAAAAGAUAUGUUUUUAGUGCAAUGUUCAGACUCUAUGCAAACAGCCCUGUAUCUAACACGCAUUAAGCUGUUAAUGUCUUGCAAAAGUGAUUGUAAGAAAUCAGCUGGUCGGAGAGAAUCCUGGAUUCCUGGUGAUUCUCAAACCCGAAGCUUCCAUUCUAUCGUCGAAAGUACCAAACAACACUAAGAAAUUAAAGUAUGGCUUAGUCUGUCAUAAAUCUGACUAGAUCGAUCUGCAUACUUGGUAAGAGAACAGCUUUGGUCGGCUGACUAAUUUAAUCACCUGAAAGAGCUACGAGCAAACGUAAAAACCAGCAUUCGCUUAAUUUUUUUGUCCUCCGCCCUUUAAUAUUUCUAGACAAAUUCCUUGCGUCCUUAGCUCGUGUAGAUCAUCGGCCACGCGUGCAGCAUUUAUAAAGUUAAAACUUUUACCCCCUCUACCCCCUUUGUUCCCUACAGCUAAUGAUCCCACCUACCCUCUCUCGUCUCCUUUCCCCGUUUCCCUUCUGUCUCUCUUCCCCUCUCUCUCCGUCUCUUCUGCCAUCUCUCUUCUUUCAUCUCCCCUCUUCCGUAUCCACAUUCCUGACAUGUGUUAGUUUAACUAUAUAUAAACUUAUAUUUAUAUAAAAAAGAUGUUUCUUUUCAGCUGAGCUACAGAGGCUGGUCCGACCAAUACCUGUAUGUGGCCUUGAACACCCAGCCGCGGAUUGUGAAGGUCAGCAUGAAGGACUGCAAGAACGGUGCAUGUCAGGAGUACAGUGCCAGGGUCUCGUGGAGUGUACCCCUGGAGAUGAUCUACCUGACACCACUUCUUUCGUGGAACCCUUACGACAUUGAACUCAAUGACGUAAGUACAUCCCGUGACUUAUGAACGAGUGAACUUGAUGAUGUAAGUAAAAGUCGUGACUUGAAAAUAUUGAACUCAAUGAUGCAAGUACAUCACGUGACUUGACAAUAUUGAUCUCAAUGGUGUAAGUACAUCACGUGACUUGCGAAUAUUGAUCUCAAUGGUUUCAUUAAAUCAAGUGACUUGCGAAUAUUGAUCUCAAUGGUGUAAUUAAAUCUUGUGACUUCACAACAUCCCACUUACACAAACAGAAGCUACACAAUCCCCUUUUGAACGGAGAAAUAGUCUGUUCCUUUACGUCACGAAUUGUUCAGGUCUUCAGAUUGAAUUGUCCAGUUCGUUGUUUUGGGAUGAACAACAAAUGGUUUGUUGUUUUUUUUUAUGCGUUACAAUGUUGAGUAUAUUCUAAUAAUUCCUUUUUUAAAAGUUUUUAUCAAAUGGAAACAUAUAUUUCUUGUCAAUGUAUCGAGCCUUCUCGUUUUUUCAUUAUCCCAACACCAAUUUCCCCCCCCCCCCCACAUUUCAUCAACCUAAUAUAAGAAAAACAGCCCCGGCCCUGAUUUUUAUGCUUAUCAUAAUCUACUUGAAAUGAAUAAUUCAUAUAUUUGAAUAGGAUUAAUUGGUAAACUAUUAAAGCCCUAAAUAUUUCAUCGGCACCAUUGUUCCGAAAAUUUGCUCUUUCGGCAUGAAGCGCUAAGACCCUAUAUCUACAUGAGCCGAUCCCAUUUGAAACGGUGGAUUUCCAUUUUAAUACAACGCAUGUAAAAGUCGAAGUGGUGAUUGAUCCCAUGCCAUGGUGUGUGGAACGAAAUCCACCUGAAAGGAACGAUGGAGCCUUGUUGCACAAACGAAAUAGAGUAUUUUUUUUUUUAAAAGUGGUUUUAAAAAAGUGUGUUUGUCUAUUAACCUCCUCCCGCGUUUAAUCCCCAGAACGACACGAGAACGACAAGUGGAGGGAGAGACGGGGAGACCGAUGGCACGGCCUACCUGGGGAUAGACCCCAGAAAUUAUUACAUGACUCCGUACAGUUUUUUCAGCGGGCCGCCCCUGGAACCGGAUGAUGCCGACACCCCGAGGCAGAAGGUCAAGGUUGUCAACCGUAAGGUAAGGGGAAUGAGUAAGAAGGGAAUAUUUUUGCCCAUAUAUUAUUAUCUCUCCUCUCAUGUCUCAACUACUUCCACACGGGCUCAAAUGCGGCAUAAGGCUAAUACAGUGGUUCUUAACUUGGGUUCGAUCGAACCUCAGGGGUUCGGUGAGUCAGACUCAGGGGUUCGGCGGAGGUCCAAAAAAAAAAAAAGAAAAAAAAAUCAUAUUUUAUUUCUUUCUAUUAAAACGGAUUCGGGGAAAGCGCAUUUGAAACUGGUGGGGUUUGGUACCUCCAAAGGCUAAUAAAGUGGUUCUUAACUUGGGUUCGAUCGAACCUCAGGGGUUCGGGGAGUCAGACUCAGGGGUUCGGCGGAGGUCCAAAAAAAAAAAAAGAAAAAAAAAUCAUAUUUUAUUUCUUUCUAUUAAGACGGAUUCGGUGAAUGCGCAUUUGAAACUGGUGGGGUUUGGUACCUCCAAAAAGGUUAAGAACCACUGUGCUAAUAGAUCGGCUGCUGCAGAACACAAGUGACAAGCCAGAAAAGCCCGAGUCGACUCUGUACCUGAAGUUUUCCCACCCAUCCCCUGCACCUGCUGCAUGAGAUUUCUAUCCAGACUCGGCCAGAUCAACCGUCUGCGCACCCACUGACAGAUUCAGCCUGAUCAACCGUCUGCGAACCCACUUACAGAUUCGGCCUGAUCAACCAUCUGCGUACCCACUGACAGAUUCGGCCUGAUCAACCAUUUGCGCAACCACUGCAAGAAUCGGACUGAGCAGCCACCUGCGCACUCACUGCCAGAAUGGGCCUGAUCAACCAUCUGCGCACCAACUGACAGAAUCAGCAUGAUCAACCAGGUUUAGGUUGUUGCUUUCUACAUUAAAGAUUUCUAAUGUUUGCUUUUAAUAAUUCUCAAUGUUUAAACUUGCCACUAGUCUUAAAACUGUCUACUCAAAACAAUGUUAAAAUAGUUGUUAGUCUUUUUUACAUUUGUCUACUAUCACAAUGUUAAAAUGGCCAUUAAUCUUGCACCACUCUACUCUAACAAUGUUAAAACUUUCGUUAAACAUUCUCUCGUCACUCUAUCACAAACAGGGCGAAAUAAAGGAAGUUACAGCCAGUGGCACCCGCUUCUUCUUACCGCCCAUUGGAAAUCUUGGAUACAUCCGACUGAGAUAUCCAUUCGGGGUGAUCCACGGAGAGGGAAGUGCCGUUUGGAAGGAGCUCAAUGCUCUAAAGGACUACACUGACCCCAAAUAGGAAUGAGGACAAGGUCAAUCUUAAAUCAUUCCGUACAGUUGACCUAUUCGUGGCCAGCCCCUUCUGCUAUAGAGGAUGUGUGGCUGCCAUAUGAUAUGAUUGAAUGAAUGGUUAACACGUUAUUUUGACAAACCUAUUUUUGUUUUAUCAUAAAGAUUCUUGAUUAAGCACAAAUGUAUUUUUUCCAAAAUAUCUGUAAACCUGAAAUUAGUGGGUUAACAGAUAAUCAUUAUAAUUUGUUUGUUUUUUUGUCCCCGUAUUUAUUUGAAAGUCUUUAACUCAGUUUCUAUGACUACACGAUAAUACUACUCUGUGUCAAAUCACCCUUAUUCAAAGGGGACCACUUGUCUUUUCUUAAAAUUGCAGUUGCCCAGAGUUUGAUUGAGUAUUUUUUACAGUAUUACUCCCCCUGGAACCAAAGUUAUAGCUCUAGAUAAGGAGUGGGGAAAAAACGAUGUGUGCAGCGAGCCUCAUGGAAAAACGUCAGAGUAAUCAUUGAAGAAUGAAUUCGGCAAAUCCCACCUCCCAAGUUCAGUUCGAUGAGAAGCAUUUUCAUAAUGUUAAAAUGUGUGGUUAUUAUUUUAAUUAAAUCUUGACCAUUUCAAACUUCGAUGAUUCAUUUUACCCGUGUUUUACUAGAUCAAAAUAUGAUUCCAUUGGGGCGUUGAACGUUUCAGAAAAAUUGGGGAGUGGGGGGUGGGGGCAGUAGGGGGCCCACGGGCCAAUGGUUGCACGCCCCUGAUUUAAUCUAUGUUUUUAUUAGUAAGGAAACCACUUUAAACGAAUAUAUUUAUGCGUGAUAUUUCUUAUUGUUAUUAGAUAUAUUGAGGAUGUUAGGCAGAAUUGGUAGGAGACAUGUCUGCUACUGUUGUGUGGUGUACGUUAUUAAAAGCCAAUUUAAACAGUUGCCAAAUCCGGUCGACCGUUUCAACGAUAGCGAGAAUAUGCGUGUUGUUAAUUUAUUGUGUAUUUUUUAAAAUGUAUUGCUUCUAAUUUUUUUUUUUUUAAAUAGCGCCCAACACCUCAAUGUUGACUUUAAAUUUAUUUAAACCCGAUAAAAGAUUGAUGAGUUGAAUUUGAUGAUGUAGUCCCUCAAGCGUUUAAAACUAACGCCCAUUUAAAGUGUCAAAUUUUCCACAUUUGAAGUAAAGUUAAAAUUGUUUCGAGAUUAUGUCUCACUCUUUAAAAAAAAAAAAAAUUAAAAAAAAAAUAAUAAUUUUAAAAAUCUGGAAAUGGCAUCUAGUAAGCUGUGCAGCAUUCAAGAAAAGACCAGAUUUAAUCACUUGGUCUUUCUCUGGAGCUUUGAGACACUAGGAGCGUUAACUAAGAGAGAAACGCCUUUCUGCAGCAAUGGGUUGUACACAGUGGCGUAGCGAAGGUGUUUGGCGCCCGGGGACAUCUCCACCCCCCUGCCCCCACCACGCUACGCCUCUGGUUGUACAGUCUGGGUGUAGAGACUUUUAACUUAAUGAAGAUUCGGUGCGCUUGAAAUAAACUGGUUUGUACGAGAAUAGUUAUAAACUAGAUGAAUAAAUUCUACCAUGUGGAAAAACGAGCUUUAAAAAAUGUAAGUCUUGUAAAUCUGUGGGGCUGGAUUCUUGUCAAUAAAAUGCUUGUGUCAUAAUAAAAAAUUUAAAAAAAAAAAAAGAAAAGAAACAUUUGAAA